UGAUAACUUACUGGUCUCAGGUGGACAUGCGGUCAGCGAGACACCGAACCUCUAGGUAACCACAUAAAUGACCUCUUAGAACACCUCCGCUUGCACAGUUUUCGAACUCCUGUACAAACAUCAUUCCUCGAGCUUUUUGGACAGGCAAUCAUGAAAGUGCUUUAUAUCGGUAUCUUGCGCAAUUCUGAGCGCCCCGCAGUAGAGCUUGUGUCGGAGAAGGAACUGAGCAGCUUUUCAAGGUUCACCAAGGGAAACAUUGCCGAGUUCCUCACCUUUUUUAGCAAGACAGUAGCGGAGAGAACGAAGCCUGGUCAAAGGCAAGAUGUUGAAGAGCAAUCAUACACUUUCCACGCCUAUGCCCGUUCCGAGGGAGUUUGUGGUAUCAUAAUCUCGGAUCAGGAAUAUCCAGCCAUGGUGGCUCACCAACUUCUCUCCAAGGUCCUCGAUGAGUUCCUCACCAAAAACCCAAUCAACAACAUCCGUAGCCAGCGCGAAGACAACAAGAUGCUUUUCCCCGAACUCAAAGAAUACAUCACCAAAUAUCAGAACCCAGAGAAUGCCGAUUCGAUCAUGAAGAUCCAGAAAGAGCUUGACGAGACCAAAGUCGUGCUUCACAAAACUAUCGAGAGUGUGCUCGACAGAGGAGAAAAGAUUGAUAGUCUUGUUGCAAGGAGCGGCGAUUUGAGCGAGAGGAGCCAGAUGUUCUACAAGCAGGCCAAGAAGCAGAACAGCUGUUGCGUUGUCAUGUAGGAGCAUAAGUUUGUAUGCUUGCGUGCAUAGGGAGACUGCAAAGUUCGGCGUUGGGGGCGUAACAAUGCGAAUAGUGAUAAUGAUUGAAUACCUGGGCGGGCUGCUGAUUGCUGUAGAUGAGGGCAACCUGAGAUAUUUGUAUGUGGCCAUGGAGCAUCACUUUUCGAAGCUAGUUCUUGUGUUCUACUCUGAUGUCGUAGCUUUUAGCACAUUUGCAAUCACUUCCAUCA